AUGGCGCCAAUGGGCAUCCGCUUGUCCCCGCUGGGGGUGGCCGUGUUCUGCCUGCUGGGGCUCGGCGUGCUCUACCACCUCUACUCGGGCUUCCUAGCCGGCCGCUUCAGCCUCUUCGGCUUGGGCGGCGACGAGGCGGGGCCCGCGGCUUCGGCCGACGGGGGCACCGUGGACCUGCGCGAGAUGCUGGCCGUGUCAGUGCUGGCGGCCGUCCGCGGCGGCGACGAGGUGAGGCGCGUCCGAGAGAGCAACGUGCUCCACGAGAAGUCCAAGGGGAAGACUCGAGAGGGGGCGGACGACAAGAUGACCAGCGGCGACGUGCUGUCCAACCGGAAGAUGUUUUACCUGCUCAAGACGGCUUUCCCCAGCGUCCAGAUAAAUACUGAAGAACAUGUGGAUGCAACUGAUAAGGAGGUUAUAUCAUGGGAUCAUAAGAUUCCUGAGGAUAUCCUGAAGGAAAUCACUACCUCUAAAGAGGUCCCAGCGGAAAGUGUUACCGUCUGGAUUGAUCCGCUUGAUGCUACACAGGAAUAUACAGAGGAUCUUCGACAGUAUGUUACAACAAUGGUGUGUGUGGCUGUAAAUGGUAAACCUGUGCUUGGAGUUAUACAUAAGCCGUUUUCUGAAUAUACAGCUUGGGCAAUGGUUGGUGGUGGUUCAAAUGUGAAACCCCGCUCUUCUUACAAUGAGAAGACUCCAAGGAUCAUUGUGUCUCGCUCCCAUUCAGGGAUGGUCAAACAGGUUGCUCUUCAGACCUUUGGAAACCAGACUACAAUCAUCCCGGCUGGUGGUGCUGGUUAUAAAGUUCUAGCACUCUUGGAUGUGCUUGAUAAGAGCCAAGAAAAAGCUGAUCUGUAUAUCCAUGUGACAUACAUUAAAAAGUGGGAUAUAUGUGCUGGAAAUGCCAUCUUAAAAGCCCUUGGGGGACAUAUGACCACGUUGAGCGGCGAAGAAAUCACUUACACUGGGUCAGAUGGCAUUGAAGGUGGACUCCUUGCUAGUAUCAGAAUGAAUCACCAGGCUUUGGUCAGAAAACUCCCAGAUCUAGAAAAGACAGGACCUAAAUAAGCAUUCCAGAUCUGGAAUGGUGAGCCCGAAAUGCUGGAAGCUCAAAGGACUGGGAGAGACUAUCAAGGCCAUCUCAGACUUUUUAAAGUAUUUAUGAAGCAUCAGAGACUUUGUUUUCCCUGUGGUAGGAUGCACGAUAGGGAAAAUGGGUUGCUUCAUGUCUCAAUUAUUGUCUUUAUUUUUGAGACUAUUUUCGUACCGUUGUCAUACAUGAAGCACAUAUAUAUAUUUGUGAAUUAAAAUCUGUAGCUGAGUCUACACUGUUAUAUGAGUCACCAUUUUCACACAUCAUGAAUCUUCACUAUUUGUUAAUAUUUUCAUAUAGAACUGAGUUGAAAGAAGGAUUGAUUUUUGUGUAGAUAUUUAAUUUUAUAGUUAUAUCUCAUUGAAAAUAACGUAUUUGGAGAUUUUUACUCCUAAUUCAGAUAGAAAGCACAAGAAGCCACAUAUUCAUUAAAAUGCAACAAAUGCUGUGUUCAUAUGAAUAUAUGAAUAUUUAUAUGGCUUAAACUAGAAAAGUUUAAAUUGGUUUUUUGUUUUUUUGAAAUUUUAGUAAUAGGCACCAGCUAGUAGGAAAUAUAGACAGUUGGUAGUUUACAUUGUAUUUGUCAUUUUCCUGAUGGGUGUGGUGUUUUGUUUGUAUAUUUUUUUAAAAAAAAACGUGUGUACUCGUAGAUUUGACAUUUUUGCCAUUGUGCUGUUGAUUUUCAUUUUACUUGUGGAAGAUGCAUGGUUCCACCCUUUCACUCCUGGCCAGCGUUUAACCCUGAGCUCAUGUGAUCUGGUUUUAGGUUGCUGGGUUAGCACUUAAGGCUUUGGUAAUUUUUCUUACCAUGGAUAUAAUACGGUGUAAGGCACUGUAAGACAAAAAAUGAUUCUAUUAUAAUUGAAAAUUACUUGACAUAACAUGGUUUGAAUUAGUUUUUAUUACUUUCAGGAACUUUGUUUUACUAAGUUUUAAAAGAUUUGCCAAGUUUGUAUGUAGAAAUUCUCUCAGUAACGGGAAUGAGUAUGUUGCUUUUGCCAUGGUUGCUUUCGCUGUUCAUAAUUAUAUCUCACCUAAACAAACUCAGAGUAGUGAGUAGAGACAGUCCGUAGUUUCCCAUCGAUUAUAAGAAUAAAAAUGAAAGUUUUUCUCUGUUUUUUUUUUUUCCCUUUUUGUGGUGCUGGGUGUAGAACCCCAGAAAUCAAUGUUGUAGGUAACUGCUUACCACUGAAGUGUAUACACAGUCCCAGUUACUUUCUGAUGAAAGUUCAGUCUGUAAAUUAAGUCAGCAGAAAACGGUUGAAAAGUUAUGAUGUAUUCAUUGUGUUUCCAUAACUCCAACCUUUUUUAUGGGCUUUCAUUGGAACCUGUGGCAUUUCUCAGUGUGAUAUCUAGAAACUUCAUAUAAACAAACAGUACUCUUCUUUCAUGUGGCUUUAAUGCCGUUGCAUUCUCUGUCAGCGAUAAAUAGAGGAGUUUCUCAUGGUUUCUUUUUCUUUUAAAAAUUUUUUAUCCCUAAAACAGCUAUUUAUUUUCUAUCUUUGAAGUAAAAUUGAACAAAGAAUGUACAAACUAGCCUGGUAGAAAUGCACACUUUAGGUUUACAUGUUCACAGUCUAAGGGCUGUGACUCCUCAUGUGUGAAUUGAAUCUGUAUGCCCAAAUGUUUCCGUUCGGUUUCUAGCACCUGGUCACACAAAUGCAUUAAGUAGGCUCUUAUUCAGUGGGAUUUCAUUUAAAGUUCUAGUAGUUGAAACACUUGAUAUUUAAAAAAAAGAUUUGGGAAUUGAAAAAGAAUAUCAGAGACUUCAUUGUUUUGCUUCAGAAUCCUUUUUCUCAGGAAGGAAGACAAAGACAUAUACUGUUACCAAAAUCCUAUAGUAUAAGCAUUUGUUUUAAUUGAAAAAGGGAAAUGGAACUGACAAAUAAGAAGUGGAAUUUGUUAGAAUUUAAAAAUAUGAGGAUAUUUUAUGAUUAAUGGAAACAUCACUUUGAUACUAGAAAGCAUGACAGUUUUAAUUGGACUUUUAAGAAAGUAUUCUUUCUAUCUCAGAUCAGCUGUGGCCUCUGAAGAGUUAAUAUCAAUAGUUUUCAUAUCUGAACAUGUAAAGGAUGUGUAUUUUAUGCAAAAAUCCAGAUACUGGCUGAGUUAAAUACAUUAUUUUUAUAAUUUGGGGGUGUAGUCUAGUUACCAAUUAUUUGUAAGUAAUUUUAUAGGAAGUUCAUUUUUAAAACUUUAUUUCUAAGAGCCAUUAUACAUUAUAAGGGACAGUAUUUAUAUUUAUUUAUAUGAGACAUGAUUGUGCCACAGCAGCAGUAACACCUUCGUAAGCGAGGCGUUUGCUGUCUCCUAGAAUCACAUAGUUAUUUUUAAAACAGAAGAACGUGUACAGUUUGCUUGUAAUCAACCCCCCCCCCUUCCUGGUCUUACUUUUCCCUUUGGCUUUAUUCAGAGGGUAUUUUUCACUGAAAGCAUGUUUUACAUACCACAGUGCAGACAGUGGCAGCAGUCCCCGCAGCCACCCUCACCUCCUCUCAUCCCUUGCUGCCUCCCGCCUUGCGUCUUGUGGCUCUUGCACAGCCACUGUGCUCCCCACCACCCCCACCACACAGGCACAAACACACACAUACACCCUGACCAUUCACUCCUAAAUUCUUGUAUGUCGUCGUUUUCCCUCAAGAUUGGCUGUUGAAAUCUUUCAAGAGAGCUGAGGCUGUGAUGAAUCCUGAUGGACGCUGAAUUAGCCAGUGUUUUUCAGAGACUCAAUAGAAAGUAAAGGAAAAUCUCCUGUAAAAUCACAAAUAGUCUCAUCCAAUACCAAAUCUACACAAAGAAUUUCUUCCUGCCCAUUUCUCAAGAAUGUAAGCAUAGAGAGUAUAAAGGAGUUGGAUAGAUCAGUCUGCUUGAGGAAACUUUUUUCUGUUUGGUUCUCCUCCCUUUAUUUUCCAUGUCAGUUGAGUUUACAAGGCCCACAGGAUCUUCAUAGUUGUCCUCGAAGUGUGUUUGUCCCUGCCACCACCACCCCCGGUUAGAGUUUCUGUCUUGAUUUUAAAUCAGAAAUACACAGAUCUGUUGUUUAUGAUGUAUCAUGAAAUUAGAAAGUGUUUUGUGUUAUAUGUUUUAAGCCCCAGUUGUGCAGAGUGUAUCUAUUUGUUGGGUGUCCCUUUGAAUGUUUUGCUAAUAUUGUCAGAGGGGUUAGUCCAGGGGCUACCCCUGAGAAGAGGGGCGAAGGGAGAUGGAGGAGUUCAAGGAAAGAACAGUUGAAGGAGGAUUCAAAACAAGUGUCUGGCUGACCCCUAGGAUCAACAGCUCAGCCCCUUUCUCAGAUGCUAAAUUCAGAUUUGGAUUUCACUUGGGCGGUGAAAGGUGACAGCUACCUCUGGUGACCCAAGCGUAAGUAAAGAAGACAGUGUGCCACUGUAGACAAGAUUCAGCUUUUCUUUCUAGAGCACCACAUUGGUGGCCUUCUUCCAGAGACAGUGUGACGGUUCAAGCAGAAAUGUUUUGAUGAUUUUAGCUGCAACACCUAAUUGAGGCUGUGUGACAAUUACUUCGAGAUAGGAACAGUGAUUUUUCAUUUUAGAUCUUGGUGGAAUUUAAAUUGUAUUAAAUGCCUACAGAAAGUGUGUCUUGUGACUGUUGUGUAAAAUAAACCUAGUUUAUGAUUCAAUUUUUAUCCAAAAAAAGUUGUGCCUUACUAAUAGGGCAUUGUAUGUUAAUAAGGGAAAACAAAACCUUUUUUUAAUAGAGUGAGGAAAAAUAGAAACUUUGACCAUUAAUAUUUAAGUUCUGUGUUUUUAAUAUUAAAGUUGAGUAAACUUCAUUAAAAUUAAAAUUGAUAUGAAAUUAUUUUUGCAUAAUCUAGCAUUUACAACUAAGGUACAUUUUUAUAAGAACUGGCAUCUUGGUGUAUAUAGGUCUGAAAUGAUACUUCAUCUUUUGAUUUUAAUUUAAAUUAAUGUAAGAGUAGGAUAGAUAACAUUUUUAUGAAUUUUAUUUUUAAGUAAACCAUUUCAGUGUGCUAAUAUAUCUAUUCUAGUCCCUUAGAGUCAUUUUGAUUAAAAAAUAGCUCUUUAUUCAUGAUAACGUCAAAUGUUUAUUAAUGUUAAAUAAUACAGUAUGUUAUAUGAUGAAACAGUUCCUAAGGAGGAGAGGUUGUAAUUCUUACCAGCUAUUAUUGAGAGGGGAAGAGUCAAAUUCUGUACUUAGCAGGAUUCUUGGUUUUAUGAGGUGCUGGUUAUAUAAUUUAUUUUCACUUCAUCAAAGCCUGGCAGGUCUGUGCAUUCCAGUUUACCAUAUGUAAAGCUCCUUUUUAAAAUUUUGAGUUGAUUAAUGGUGAAUUUUGUGAAGUGACUUAGUUGUUUUACUUUGAGAUAACACAAGCCACACUUUUAAGAAUGAUGAUGAAUAAUAUUAUAUGAUACUGUUACAUAUUGUGUUUAUAGGGUUCCCUAAAGUAUUAUAGAUAAAUGUAAUUUGUGUAAACUACAGAAGCAGAAACUGAUAUUUGAUUGGUAGUAUGUUCCAUUACAUUUCUUUUUGAGGUGUAAUACACAAAUUUCUAUUGAAGAAUGAUUUUCUCUUCUGUAUUUUUUUAAAUAGGGAAACUGAGUUAUUGAGAGCAGUUCAGUUGAAAGAGAUUUUAUGUCUCCUCAAAUGAUCUCAUCUGGCCUUCUCGAUCGCUUGUGUAGUGUUAAGAAUGUUUAUGGACUUUUAAUUUGUGUAUUCCCUCCCCCAGCAGUAGGUAAUACUUCUUUAGUCUAACAAAAAGUCGUGUUCUGCCGUGAUGAACAGUAACAUUGCCAGGGCUAAUUUUGCCCUGGGACAGUGUUAACUUGAAUAGCUAUAGUACGUGUGUAUGUACAUGGGGAUUGGAUUUAUGCUGAAAAUACGUAUUUCCUGUCUGCGUCUGUCUCUUCAGCUUUGUGUUUUGUCAUCCUCACUCAUUUCUUAAAUUGGAUCAACAAUAUUGAGAAAUUUUAGAUUCUCAGUAUUUGUGAGAGUUGUACUGUGAGUGUGCUGUCCCCUUUCACACUUUUAAAGCCAUGGAAGAGCUGUACUGUUUCCUUUAUCAAGAUGGUUUGCCACCACUUUUUUAUGUUGGGAACUGCUUAAUCCACACCUUCAAAUUUAGAGGGCUCUGAGUUCCCGUCCAUGGCUUUAGUCCCUUUAUUUCCUUUUGUAUCUCACUUAACAGCACCAUUUUAAUAUGUAUUGUUACUGAGUCAUAAACUUGAGAGAUUGCACCUUGGUGAUUUUUAUGAUUUCACUUCAGUCCCAACACCAAACCCAUGUCUUGUACAAAUUAGGUGCUUAGUGUGGAAUUAAAUUGACCCAAAGGUUACUGCUUAGUGUUUCCAUGUUUCCCACUUCGUUAUGAGCUGGGUGGUUGGUUGUUCCUUUUGCAAAUAUUUGUGAUUAUCACCCCCUCACAAGUAUUUUUAAAAAUUUUUGCUUUUCCUUCAGAUACUAUGCUAUAAUAAACUAGAAAAUGUGAUUGCUUCUAAGGACAAAAUUAUCCCAAAUUCUGCCCUGGAUAUACUUUGCCAAAUAAAAUUUGAAUUAUCUGAAUAAAUUGCUCAUGUCUGA